AUGGCGACUCCUGACCCAUCGACCCUCACCUCGUCCGCGGACAUCUUCACGUCAACGCACACGCUUCCUCAGAUUCGCACAAUACACCGAUCCAUUCUCAACGCCGUCGACGACAAAGCCCAGCGUCUACGCACGCAGGUCGGCUCCUCGUAUCGCGAACUUCUCGGCACAGCGGACACCAUAGUCCGCAUGCGCGAUGACAAUGAGAAAGUCCAAGAGCUUCUGAGCCACAUGGGCGCGCAAUGUGGGCGAGGCAUUGUCGGAGGCAAGGUCAGCGGAUUGGCCACAUUUGUGAAAAAGGAGGCGCAUAAUCAAGAGGAGGAACGGUUGAUUAGAGUGAGCAUGUUGAAUGCGUGCGCAAUGGUCCUGGAACGAGUCCUGAAAGGCGGUGGCGGGCUGGAAGACAGCGUCUCGAGGGGCGAGCGCUUGGUACUCGCGGCAAAGGUGCUAGUGCUGUGCCGACUACUGGUGAAGAGCCUGGGCGACGUUGCUGCAAACCCUGGGAUGCACCACGACAUUGAGGCGUUGAAGAAGAGCUUCGGUGCGCUGCGCCGGCGACUACUCCGGCACAUUGAGAAAUUACUUGGCCGAGUGACCCAAGACAGCGAUCGUGAAGAUGUCACCAUGGCAUUAUGUGCAUACAGCCUCGCGACCAGUUCGGGGGCGCGAGACGCUGUUCGCCACUUUCUACACGUUCGGGGCGAAGCGAUGGCUGCGGCCGUCGAGGCAGACCACCCCACGUCAGGCGACCGGAGCGAACAUGUCAUGCAGAGUCUACGGCUCUAUACGCGGACCUUACUCGACGUCCAAGCUGUUGUGCCGGCGAAGCUGUCGCAGGCCUUGCAAGGCCUUAAGGCUAAACCCUUGCUGGCCGACCCAGCUUUGAAGCAGUUGCAUGGCUUGCGUCUUGAUUUGUACGAACGAUGGUGUGGUGAAGAGAUACAGUACUUCACGCCAUUUAUCCGGCACGACGACCUGGACAGGACCAUUGCCAGAGAUACACUCGCCAAAUGGGCAGACAAGGGCGGUCAAGUUCUUCUGACUGGUCUCAAGACGGCCUUGAGUAGCAUGCACGAGUUCAAAUCCGUGAUGGAGCUUCGGACCAACCUACUGCAGCUCUGGAUCAGGGAAGGCGGGAAAGCCCGUGGUUUCGAUCCAUGCGAGAUGCAAGACGACUUUCGCGAGGUUAUCAAUGGUCGCAUGCUAGCGGUGCUGGAGAGCAAAGUCAAGAAGCUCAACCUUGUCGGAUCGGAAGUCAGGGCAACAUUGGAAACCUGGCAGGAUGGGUUCACCGACAAGAAUCGAGGCCUGUGGGAGGAAGAAGGCUACGAUACCGCCUUGCAGCAAGGCGCUGCGCCUUUCGUGGAGGAAGUCGUCGCGAGGGUCUAUGGACGCAACGAUGCCGUGUCGAAGGCGUCGAAUUGCUACAAGUCCUGGUUCCAUGUGAUUGACGACGUCAAGCAGGUGGUAGAGUCACUGACGAAGCAGCGCUGGGACAACGACUUUGAUGAGGUGGAGGACGAAGAGACAAUCGAGGCCAGGCAGCAGGCGCUUAGCAGAGAUGAUCCUCUGAUGUUGCAGACCAAGCUCGACAGUACUCUUGAUAAAUCGUUUGAAGAGCUGGAGAUCCAGUUGAAGUCCCUGUGGGCGGAGAAUGCACCGCCAUCAAAUCGAGGCCCGGUGGCCAUGUACUUCCUGCGGGUGUUACGAGACAUUCGCCGACAACUACCUGACCGCCCUGCGACCAAGUCGUUUGGUCUCGCCAUGGUGCCUCCGUUGCAUCAGCAGAUUUCCAUACAUGUGGUUACCGCACCACUACGGCAAUUUGGUGAAGCGGGAUUGUCGGAGCGAUCGGUAGCUGGUAGGCCUCUGUGGGAGGGUGAGCCGCCCAUACCAAACCAACCUUCGCCAGCCCUUUUCCAGUUCCUGCGGAAUUUAUCAACAGAUAUGGGAAGUGCCGGCAUGGACCUUUGGAGUCCGGCAGCGGUCAAAGUGGUCAAGCAGCACCUUGACGAGAAGCUCUCGCAAUGCUGGAAAGUCGAACUUGGCACAAUCGAGAUAGAAGACUCCGACCAAGAUGAGCAGCAAGACGAGAAUGAGACCGAAGUGAAAGAAGGCACGUCAGGCGCUCAGAGAGAGCUGCUCAUCCAGUGGCUUUUCGAUGUAUCAUAUGCCAGGACUUGCCUAGGCAGUGAUUGGAAGGCGAUGGAGGAUCUGGAAGAGGCAAUGUUCAAGGCGACAGGCCUAGAGGAACAGUCGCGCACUCGCAUCAGCAAGGGUGCCGACGCAUUCUGGCAGCGUACAAGCUUGCUAUUCGGACUUUUGUCGUAG